AUGACGAAAACUGUAUUAGUCCUCGGUGCCACUGGAACCCAGGGUGGAUCAAUUGCCAAUCUUUUGGUUCAGUACCCAGAUCAAUAUCUGGUACGAUGUCUUACUCGAAAUCCUAGCUCGGACAAGGCCAAAGCCCUGGCUGCAAAAGGAGCCCAGCUGGUGAAGGCUGAUUUGACUAUCCCUUCCACCCUGCCAGCGGCAUUUAAAGGUGUUUGGGGUGUCUUUGCCGUCACCGACUUUUACGAUACGGCUGUCCUCGAUGAUCCUAUGAGUGAGGAGAAACAAGGUCAGCAUAUCGUCGAAGCAUCUGUGGAAGCUGGCGUUGAAUGUUUCUUGUGGAGUACUUUGCCAAGUUCUCGAGAGAUAUCCGGGGGCAAGUUUGUCACAAGGCUAUAUGAAGGAAAGCAGUUUGUUGAUGCAGUCAUUCGCCAUGCAGGUCUCAAGGGCGCCUUCAUCCGUACUGGAAACUUUUAUGAGAAUAUGAUCUCGCGAAAGUAUGCUGCAUAUGACAUGGAGAAUGAUGUUAUUACCAUGACUCGACCCAUUAUCGGACCCGAUGCUGAACUCACUUCGCUUUACGUCGAGAAGGACCUUGGUGCAGUUGCCAAAGCGCUGUUCGACCAGUGGGAGGAGAAGAAGGAUAUUCUUGAUGGACAAUACUUUCUCGCCAGUGGAGCUCGGGAGACAAUGGGCGAUAUCAAUGCUAUCCUUGAGAAAGUCUCUGGUAAAAACGUCGUUUACAAGGUCAAACCAACCUGUGGUAUUCCGGAUCGCGAUAUCAUGCUGCAGCUUUACAACGGCGUGGGAAUGUACCCUGGGGUCGAAAUCCCAACUCCCGAGGUGGCAAUGCUAGGUGUGAAGCUUCAUAGUGCUGAGGAUUUUAUCAGGGAGAGAUUGCUCCCGCAUCUCAACAUUGAUCCAUCCGAACUCUAUCACCGUCGCCACAGCGCAGACAAGCCAAUGAGCUCGAGUCACGGCCCCAUUUCACGGAAAUUCCAGCCAAAUUCCGUCAAAAGCAUAAGUCCUGAACUGACUGGCCUUCGGCAGACUUCCAUCUCCAUUCAAACCUCAGUCGACAUAAUGUCACCUUCGGAUAUUCAGGAUUGGGAUCCAGCUAGCGAGGCAGUAGACCAGACUGCCUCCGCAACUGACGAUGCCCGCGAUACUACACCAAUAGACGACCAAGAUGGGACCAAGAAAAGAAACACCACCAAAGACACGGCAACGGCCAGUGCUGAAUCCUCGGAACGGCCUGCGAAGAAGAUGAAGAGAGGGAAGUACAUAUCUAGAGCUUGCACUUCCUGCCAGCAGCGCAAAAUAAAGGUUGGUGUCCAUGUCCUGCCGUCCUCUUUCACUGUCAAGAUGAAUGACGAUUCUGACGAGUCUGAUCAUACCAGUGCGAAGGAGGAGAUCCAUGUCGACAAUGCCUCGCGAAACAACUACCUUGCCAGCCGUCUGCCCCAAGAGGCGCACAACAGGGCCCUUAUUUACCAUAACAGCAUCAAUCGCGAAGUGUUAGUUCGUCUGGAAGCAGUAGAACGCCAUCUACGUCUGAUGAGACCGCCCACUCCCGAUCUAUCUAGACCAACGCAUGACUAUGCGUCAGUCGAAGACCAAUUCAAACCUUCGGCAGCCAAACUACAAAGUGCCCUCGAGACAGAUGGACAAACCUUUGCAGGAGAGAUGACGAUAACUCCGACUCUGGAAGACGAGAACGAUCCGUUGGACCAUCAAAGCUCUGUAUCGUCGGCCAUGCGAAUAGACAACUCUUCUCCGGCAUCUUCUCUCCUCCCACCAGCAACAGCAACAUCACCAGCUGACGCGACGGGCAGAAAAAGGGGAUGGUUCGAGCGUAUACUGGCGCGGCAUGGCGUCAUUACCGAUGAGAAACAAUGCAGGUAUCACCUACAAGUCUUCAUGGACGAGGUGCACCCGAUGUAUCCGGUCGUCCAUCCACCGGAAGUCUGGGAAAUCUUCAACGAAAUGUGGCAGCACCAAGCGAUCAGUUCCUCCGCCGAGUCAACUCAAAGCGAGCAACUCCGUGUCUCCGUUGCUCUGGUGUGUUUUUGCCUAGCUCUUGGACGAUGCAGCAUGUCAGCAAGAAUGAGCGACCCCAGCGGAGUCGAAUCAUCCGGCUGGAGUCUGUAUAGUGUGGGAAUGAGUCUUCUUGGUGAUCUGCUCGAGACCAGUAACACAGCUAUAAAGUCACUGCUCAUGUUGCAAGUUUUGAUAGUGAGGAUAAUUUACAUGUUCCGACUAGACGCGAAUCAGAAAGCAGCCAGAGUACACGCCUUGAGUGUGUCGGUUGCGCAAACAAUAGGCUUGCAUCGCCAGAGCACCAUCGAGAGUAUGCCAGCUUAUUACAACCAGUUGUACUCACGUGCUUGGUGGUCUUUAUAUCUGCUGGAUCGACGACUGGCUCUUGAGUCCGGAAAGCCAUAUCUAAUCCAAGACAGCAAUGUUGAUACGGCGUUGCCGCUGGACCUCAGCGAUGAGUGGAUGACACGAUUUUCGUCGAGAAAGGAGACGAUAGCAGACCUUCAGCACGAGAUAGUUGUCGAGGCUGCGAGGGACUCGUCCCCUUCAUGCAUUCCAUAUGUUACUGCCAUGGUGCGUUAUUGCCGUGUAGCUGGCAAGACGUGGGAAGUUUUAUACGGUGUCAAGUCGUCCACUGCUUCCAUGCCAGCCAUGAUCCAAUAUGUCGAUACUGCGAUCGGAAAAUUACUCAACACAGUUCCUCCAUGUUUGAAAUAUGACCCUGAUGUUCCCUAUGAAGCUCAGUUUAGCACGAGGACUCGAUGGCAAGCAAAACAAACAUUUCUCUUCAGCAAUUGCUGUACAUAUCUGCGUCUUUUAAUAAGAAGACCACUAUUACCAAGCUCCAGCUCCAUCUACCAUACAGAGGAGGAUGAUCUUGAGUCCUCAAUCGAGUGUGCUAGUCUCGCUGCCCAGAUUCUUACCACACAUCAAAACAUAAAAGACGAUGGACUCAAGUAUAGCUUCGCGCUCAGCCACUACGUCACCAGCUGCGCACUUGUCAUGGUAGGCUUGGUGUCGAGAGAACCAGGAUCGAAGAGAAGGUACGGAGGUCUAAUACUUGCAGCCACUCAGUGUUUGAACGAGUACUGCCAGAGGAUUUGGGUCUCUGGAAAGAUGAUGCGCUGCGUUUCUAGGCUUAGUCGGCUAGUUGGGCGCGUUCUUGCCUUGAACUCACAAGGAGGUCAAGACCGCCAGAGCCCGUCAGGUAUGAGGCGAGACUCGGUAUCAAGUCGCUUGAUGCAGCACCUGACGCCGCCCCAAGCUGAAGAUCAAGAUCCCGUGCAAUACAGAACCGGAACGUCUAACAUGUACAACAAUCAGCUCAAAGACGCGGGAAUGGACUCUCGUAAGAGUGUGGAAAGGGAUCAAGAAGUAGAUUGUUAUUCGUUCAGCACUGGCUCUUUAGGCACAAUUCCCGAGAGAUCGACAGGAGGCUCCAACAAGCUGCCCACGUCCUGGAUAGCCGAUCCGAGCCUUGAUCGUCGCAAUAGCUGGAUCAUGUCAGACUUCAAUUUCGAGACUUUUGGAGAGCGCUUUGGUCCGAAUGAUGCCGAGUUGACGGCCUUCAUGGAAAAUGAUAGCCUUGAUUUUGCCCGGGGUAUGGGAAUGGCCUCGGGUACUGAGCGGGGACCUGGUGAGGCACGACUUGGCGCUCUGGGUAUCAACGGCGUGUUUGAUCUUGAUAUGGACUUAUUUCCUACUAUGAUGAACCUAUACGGCAGUUAA